AUGUCACAUCGUUUUGCAAUACGAAUCGCUCAUCGAGAUGUCGCUUCGGAACCGUACAGCGUCACCGUGGAAUCUCAAAAGACGAGAAAAAUGUUAUUGUUUCAAUCUUCGGCGGUUGCGACAAUCUCAAAUGUUGAGUCAGUGUCAGAAUUAAGGAAGAACUAUACGAAACUUAUGGAUGCCAGAGGUUUGCUGGGUGUGCUACGAACAGGUCAAGAUGAUGCUCACCUGUUAGCAGUUACUGAAGAUGAAAGUGUUGGUGAAUUGCGCAACUGUAAAAUUUAUCGAAUUUGGGGUGUAAAUGCGAUAUCACUAAAACGACCUACUACAUUAUAUCCAACGGAUCCACGUAUAAAUGAUGUCUUGCGUCUGUUUUCAUCGGGCAGUUUUUAUUACGCUUCUCAGGACGACGCCAGUCGGUGUAUUGAUUUAACCGUCAGAUCUCAUAAGUGCUCAAACUCUUCGGACGGUGAUAACCGUUUCUUUUGGAAUAAACAUCUACAUUACCCGUUGAAACGAUACAAGAUUGAUACAAAUGAAUGGUUAUUUCGGAUAAUUUGUGGAGCAGUCCUCAUAUGUCAAGUAUAUGUGGGUCAGCAAAGAGCUACUGUCGCAUUAAUUUCUCGUUUAAGUUGUGAACGAGUUGGAACACGUUUCAACGUGCGUGGUGUAGACGAUGAUGGUCACGUGGCUAAUUUUGUUGAAACUGAGCAGAUUAUUACUUUGGGUACCGAGGAGAUCUCAUUUGUUCAAAUAAGAGGAUCUGUUCCUCUGUUUUGGGAACAACCGGGUAUUAAUGUUGGUUCACAUAAAGUAAAACUAAGAGCUUUUGAAGCUUCUUCUCCCGCAUUUAACAGACAUUUUCGUGCACUGAAGGAAGAGUAUGGUGAAGUAACUGCUGUAAAUCUUCUCGGUUCAAAAGAAGGCGAAAUGUUAUUGUCAAAGGCAUAUGAAGCGCAUUAUAAGAAUUCACAUUGUGUUGCUGGUUACAUUACUUUUGAUUAUCAUGAAGAAAAAAGGAACUGUAUGAAAUUAAUGGAUAAACUGAAACCAAAAAUUCUAGAGUGCAUGUUUUACAGACAGCGAGACGGAAAUGUUUUAUGUAACCAAAAUGGUGUCAUUAGAGUAAAUUGCCUCGAUUGUUUGGAUAGAACUAAUGCGGUCCAGACUCUUAUAGGAUUCCAGGUCUUAGUUCUGCAGUUGGAAAGUCUUGAAGUUGACAAAAAAUAUUUUUCGCGCUUUGAAGAACAUUUAAAAGAUAUAUGGCAGCGCAAUGGUGAUUCAUGUAGUGUGAUUUAUGCUGGAACCGGUGCAUUGGAAGGGAAAAGUAAAAUGAAAGAUGCAAAAAGAACAUUGGUAAGAGCAAUUCAAAACAAUUUUUUGGAUGCAUCGAAGCAAGAAGCGUUCGAAUUUCUUCUUCAUGGAACAUUUAUUUGUGAUAAUUCUUAUAGCGAACUGAUCCGUACUGUGCCGCGUGAUAUUCUUUUAGAAUGUCCAUCAGUAGUGAAAGAUUUAGUGGAGCGAAAGAUGGAAAUGGUUGAAAACGUUCCAUUGACCAUUUGGGUAGGGACUUGGAACGUAAAUGGUGGCAAAAAUUUCUCUGAUAUUGCUUUUCGUAAUCAAACAAAUUUGGCAGAUUGGUUAUUUCCACAACAUUUUCCUGGAUUAAGCGGGGAUAAUUCUACUACACCAGAUAUAUAUGUUAUUGGCUUGGAAGAAAUCAUAGAUUUGAAUGCUUCAAAUAUAGUCAGUGCUAGUACAACAAAUCAGCGUGCAUGGGCGCUUGGUUUGCGUGAAGCAUUAUCAAAACGGAACAAAUAUAUAUUGUUAGGAUGUGAACAACUUGUUGGUGUAUGCAUUUUUGUAUUUAUCAAACCUUCACUUGCUACUGCGGUGCGUGACAUGUCUAUAAAUAGUGUUAAAACAGGGAUGGGCGGUGCAACAGGGAAUAAAGGUUCGGUGGCAAUGAGUUUAACCAUAUAUUCCACGACAUUUUGUUUUGUCUGUUCACAUUUCGCUGCUGGCCAAAAUGAAAUUCGUGAUCGUAAUGAGGACUAUAUGAACACACUUAGAAAAAUCAAAUUUUCUCAGGGUCGUAGCAUUUUGUCACAUAUUGUUGUAUUCUGGCUAGGCGAUUUCAAUUAUCGAAUAGUGUUGUCACGUAAUGAAGCUGAAGCAGCAAUAAAAUCUGGAAAUAUAACGGAACUGUCUCGUUAUGAUCAGCUUUCUCAGCAAAAAGCAUUGGGCGAGAUUUUCAAAGAUUUCAAGGAGGGACCGUUAACUUUUGCCCCAACCUAUAAAUACGACACUUUUACUGACGAUUAUGACACAUCAGAAAAAUGUCGUGUUCCUGCCUGGACAGAUCGAAUUCUUUGGAGCGAAACAAACGGAGAAAAGAUUGUGCAUUUAUUAAAUUAUGAUCGGAUAGAAUUGAAGACUUCGGAUCAUAGACCGGUUUGUGCUUUAUUUCGUGUCGACACCUUUAAAAUCAACCUUUCACGGUUUGAAUUGGUUUUCAGAGAUGUGAUCAGUUCAAUGGGUCCUCUGGAUGGAACCGUGCUUGUAUCAAUGUGCAAUCAUGAUAGUUUCCCUGUGGAACUGCGUCUUCCUGUUAUCGGAAAACUUGAUCAACUCGGAAUAUCGCCUUCCAUUAGCAAAAUCGAGACUGGUAUACUGUGGUUAAUUUUCAAUAGUUCUGAUAUAGCCUUGGCAGCCUUAAGUUUGGAUGGAGUAAAGAUAGGAAAUUCUGUCUUAAGUGUUCAGUUGUUAACUCCGAAUUGGGCUGAACUGGAAUAUGCCGAAAUGAAUAAUGUGUUGCGAAAUGUAAACGAAGAUAUGAACAUGGAAUGUAUUGAACUAAGAAAUGCGGAUAAUUUCGAGAUUAAUGAUGAGGACGAUUUGUCAAUGAAAGGUGGAUCGAGUGAUCGAAUGUCUAAACUAAGAUGUAAUUCUCCAGUGGAUCGCAGUGAAAUAGAUCUCUGUCAACUUAAUUUGCCGAAUGUGGCUCCCAGGUCGGCAUCAUCACCUUUAUUAAAUGAUAUGCAAAUGUAUCCUUCAACAAAUGACCAUAUUGCAAAUGUAAAUGUUCAAUCAGCACAGCAAUCAGCACCAUCAGUAUCACUUCCAGAGCCUGUUGAAGUUAUCAUAACCGCUCCGCCACCCGUACCACCGCGGAAGGAAUCAGGCUGCAGAUGA